AUGACAUUAAGAGAUGGCAAGACUUAUGAUAAACCUAAUAUUUCAUCAAGUUCAAACAAUGCGCCAUUGUCUCCUACUCAAUCUGUCCAACAAGACAAAGAUGAAACCCCAACCACAACACCCAAACCUAAACCAACUAUUCAUGCUUAUGUCACUACUCCUCCAUUUCCUAGUCGAUUGAGAAAUACAAAGAAAGAUGAAGCUAAACAGGGAAUACUAGAGACUUUUCACAAGGUUGAGGAUUUAUGCACCAAUAAGAGGAAGCUAAAAGCGAAUGAAAAUGUGAGUGUGGGGGAAAAUAUUUCGGCAGUACUUCAAAAAAAACUCCCACCAAAGUGUAAGGAUCCUAACACCUUCACUAUUCCUUGCACUAUUGGAAAAUUCAACAUUCUUGAUAUGGAAGAUGACUCAUUUCCAUGCUCUACGCCAUUUUUAUCAGGAAGACCAUUUUUAAAGACAGCUAGAACUAAGAUAGAUGUUCGUGAGAGAACUUUGACUAUGGAGUUUGAUGGUGAAGCGAUUCGCCUUAAUAUUUUUAAGGCUAUGAGUGGUGGAGAGGUAUCUAAAGAGGUACUGUUCUUAGAGUUGCCUAUUUCUCAUGAGAAACUUCAACCAUCUAUUAAAUCACCGCCCAAGUUUGAAUUAAAACCACCACCGGAGCAUCUGAAAUAUGUUUACAUAGAUAGCAAGUUGGUGAGUCUAGUUCAAAUAAUUCUUAAGAAAUCAGGCAUGACUGUGGUAAAGAAUGAUGAGGAUGAGAUAUUUAUUGCUCUUGAAUACCAAGAGAAGACCACAUUUACAUGCCCAUUUGGCACAUUUGCUUUUCAGAGAAUGCCAUUUGGAUUAUGCAAUGCUCCUGCCACUUUUCAGCGAUGUAUGGUUAGUAUUUUCUCAAAUUACAUAGAGAACAUCAUAGAAGUGUUUACGGAUGAUUUUAGUGUGUAUGGUGAUUCUUUUAAUAAGUGCCUCCACAACUUAACUCUAGUUCAUAAACGAUGUAUUGACACUAAUCUUGUAUUGAAUUGGGAGAAGUGUCACGUUAUGGUUCAACAAUGUAUUGUUUUGGGGUAUGUUAUUUCGGAAAAAGGGAUUGGAGUGCACAAGGAAAAAAUUGAUCUCAUCCGUUCUCUUCAACCACCAUCAAGUGUGAAAGAAAUAAGAUCCUUUCUUGGUCAUGCAGGAUUCUAUAGCCGGUUUAUAAAGGAUUCUCAAAGAUUGCUUCCCCAUUAUGAAAUCUUCUUCAUAAGGAUGUGGCCUUUGAAUUUAAUGAUAAAUUUGAAUUACUCUUCUAUGGAGAAAGAGCUUUUAGCAGUCAUCUUUGCUCUAGAAAAGUUUCAGUCUUACUUGAUUGGAACUAAAGUUAUUAGAGGGUCAGAAAACUUGGUGGCUGAUCAUUUAAGUAGACUUCUUCGGGAUAAAGAUAAUGUGCAAUUAAAUGAAAAAUUUCCCGACGAACAACUCCUGGCUCUUAAAGAAAUUAUUCCAUGGUUUGCUGAUAUUGUUAACUAUUUGGCCACUAAAGAGUUACCAGGAGACCUCACACAAGCUCAAAAGAACAAGAUUAAGCAUGAUGCUAAGUUCUACAUUUGGGAUGAGCCUUAUUUAUGGAAACAUUGCGCUAAUCAAGUCAUUCGAAGGUGUGUUCUCGAUUCUGAAUUUCAAUCUAUCCUUGCUUUCUCACAUUCUCAUGCUUGUGGAGAUCAUUUUGGACCAAAAAGAACAGCCCAUAAAGUACUUGGCAGCUAUUUUUAUUGGCCUACAGUCUUUAAAGACUCAUAUGCAUAUUACAAAGCAUGUGACCGUUGUCAACGAGUUGAUAAUAUGGCUGCUAGGGAUCAAAUGCCCCAAACUCCCAUACUUAUUAUUGAAAUUUUUUAUGUAUGGGCUAUUGAUUUUAUGGGACCAUUUCCAUCAUCAAGCAGUUUUGAGUAUACUCUUUUAGCAGUGGAUUAUGUGUCUAAGAGGGUGGAAGCAAAAACAACUAAAGAGAAUAAUUCUAAAACAGUGCACUAUCAAGUGACUAAUAAAGUAACCACUGCCUACCAUCCACAAACAAAUGGCCAAGCCAAGGUAUCCAAUAGAGAAGUCAAGUCUAUUCUUGAAAAGAUGGUGAAUCCAAAUAGGAAGUAUUGGAGUGUAAGACUAUAUGAUGCUCUAUGGGCAUAUUGCACGGCAUACAAAACAUCGCUUGGUAUAUCGCCGUAUCGGUUGGUGUAUGGAAAACCUUUCCAUUUACCGAUUGAAUUAGAGCCUAAAGCUAGGUGGGCUGUGAAAAAAUGUAACACGGAGAGCUCUAAGAUUUACUCAGAAAAGAACAAGGCCUUUCAUGAUCGAAAAAGAAUUAUUCAGAAGACGUUUGAUGCAAGACAAAAAGUAUUAUUGUGUCAUUCUCAUCUUAAACUCUUUCCAGAUGAGUUGAAAUUCCGAUGGGUUGGACCUUUCAUAGUGGUAUACCAUUAUCCUUAUGAAGCAGUAGAAAUUUCCAGUCCAUCAACGGAAAGAAUACUCAAGGUUAAUGGUCAGAGAUUGAAGCCUUAUUAUGAGUCUUUCGAGGAGGAAAAAGCUAUUGUGAUUCACUUCUUUGAUCCGGAAUAUGUUGAUGAAGUAUGA